AUGAAGGUUCGAUUUGUUGGCAUAAAAAAACAGGAUAGCGCCACGCGACGUCGACGCGCCCUACAAGCGGAUCGUACACGGAAACACCGGAAGCGUCAGAAGGCAAGAGAGGAGACUGCCGCAAUAAACCAUCAGAGCGGACCAUUGUCAGACACAGUUGACUCGGUGGUAGAGAACGAAGCAAAAGGGCCCGAGAGAGAUUCGCCCCUCGAGAAUGAGGAUAUUGAAGAGGAUGGUACCUUUGCCUGCGAGGAUUUUACUAUCUCCAUCCAGGAAGUCGAUGAUUCCACAAUCAGCACUACCGAGGUAGAUCCAUACUAUGAGGAGGAAAUUGUUGAAACCUCCCCUGCUGAAGAAGAGGAGAGCCGAAGACAGCCCCAAAGCCCACAAAACCAUGCUGGGGAAUCAGCCGAUCUGGCUACUAACGAUGCUAACACUGACGUAGAAUAUGCUACACAGAAGUUUAUUCAGCAGUUUCUCGCUGGUAUACAUGGUUGUAGUGCCCAAAGCCAUCGAGAAUCUCUGACUGCGCACAUCGAAGCCGAGGGAUCAGAUAAUCACCACAGACUUGAUAAAUUAGUACCCCAUGAUAUACCCCAUACACUUGACAAAGAGUACAUUCUUGCCACUGAAACUGGCGACCAGACAACGGAGCUUAGUCCGGAUCAAUGGCAGGCGUUGUUUACCGGUUCAACAACCCAAGGCUCCGAUAACAAACCCAAGCAGGCUUGCCUUCACGUCGAACAGGCCCCUCAGACUCGACCUAGUAUUUCGUUCGAUGUCGAUAGCAUCUUGGGAUUUGUGGAUUCUCCGGCAGUUGCAACUCAUGGGAUUCGGUUUUAUUCCGCUCCCCAGUAUGGUCAAAAUAUCUCCACCGACGUCCACCUGACCUUAGGUCGUGCGGAUCCAGAUUCGGAGCGUCCCCGGUUGAUUCCAUCGCGACUGAGAGACGUGCCGCAUUUCAUCUUCGCGAGGGCCGAAGGCGCUGAUUUCAUAACAUUUCACUUGUUCUUUCCACAUUUACCAUGCUCCCAUGACUUCAAUAGGUUGACGGAUGAGCAGUUCUCACGGUGGUUUGAUGAUAUCUUCUAUCCCGCUGUCCGUCAGGUCUACGAUAUCGAUAGACUUCAGCACUUGCCAGCAAGUUAUCGUCACGCAUUGGCUACUUGCAGAGCUCCUCAGAGAGAGAAUCGUCUGCUAGAGACCUCUAACUACCGGGCCCAACUACAGAUGUCCUACUUUCUGUCACCGCAAGGUUUGCAGCAACUGUGGAACCAUAUUCUCGCAGCAGUAUGCCAACCGGGGUUGCAAGAUUUUCGUGAUCCAGAGCUAUUAAUUCAGGCAAAAGGCACUAAACUCUUGUUCAAAUACCCAGAUGCCCCGUCUAAUCUACUGGCGGCUAUGAACAGCUUUGAAGACAAACUACACGGCACUCUAGACUUCUCCCAUAUACGCAGCGACCGGCUGUACAUUGAUGUGGGUAAAGAAACCUGCCCAACGCCUGAGGAUGUUUCAUCACCUGCACCUCAGACAUACCUCUGGCGGCGCUGUUGCAUCCGUCACCACCUCAGUCAGCUCUAUGACGGGAAUAUUCCCAAGUCCGGCCAAAACUUUUACCAUGAGUCAAUGCUUCGAGAUACUGGCGCUAUGACUACGUUGACGCCUGUAAGGUCUCGACUCCGCCGUGGGGGUAUUCUUUAUGGCCAAAUGUACAGUCUCGCCAAAGAGAUCGUAGACGCUGCUCGGACAUAUCCAUUUCAGAAUCCAGAUCUACGGCUUCUGGCGUUAGAUCCACAGCUUCGCAAUGGUAUGCAAAGCAUUGGUGGCAAGCCAGCUUCGGACAAGAACGUCACUGAUCGAGCGUACCUGGCCAGCAAGCGCCGUUGUCACUAUGGCCUCACAGAUUCUAAACAACGAUCCUUCGGUGUCCGCGAGGAGUAUCGCAUUUCGUGGACCUUGUUUCAAAGCGUUCUGGCAGUGCUGCGCUCUCUUACCCCAGAGGCCCGCUCCGCCCAGCUAUCAGGACCUCCAUCCUAUCUCUGGGCAGUUCGCACUCCCAUCUUUGUUGAUUACGUCUGGCACAAUAUCAACAAGUUUACCACCGGGUUUGAGUUGAUUCGAGCUCAACGUUCUGGGGGGCUGACGACAUGGGAGCAAACCAAGAUGAUGGAUAUGUUUCUUCGGUGUCUUCGGGUUGCAGUUGGAGGGCAUGAUUACUCCCGAGAAGGGGCGCUGUGGUGGAGCCGACGGGAGCUGCAACAGCCAGCGGGCUCGCCACGAAUAUACUACGGCCUUGGCUUUAAUCAAACUCUAGAGCAGUAUGGCUACUGCUGGAUUGAGCCUCGCAUUGAUUGGAAUCUGUUAAGGUUUCUCCCAGAUAUUACUGGUUCAGUCUUAUUCGGCAAUGGCACUCUUCAUCAACGCUUUAUGAAAUACAGUAGCCAUGCCAGGUACUUCUUUAGCCUCAGUCGAUGUGCCGACUUAGGUCUUGAAUGGCUCCGGCAGUAUGCCGGGGAGAAUGUCAUUACUGAUCAGAUUCUGUCAUGGCUUUGUCAUAUCUGUCUACAGCAGAUGAGGGCUGAUGUCCUCCACUCCAUUCAAAGUGAUGUUCGCCCACAAGUUCGCACUACCAUCCUAGACGAUCAUGUUCAGUUUUGUCGCAAGGCUCUCUCAGCCACCCUAGCCAAUGGCAUGACCGCAGUAUGGGGCAAUCGCGUGAGCGUCAAAAGCCCUCAGGAAGUUGCCCAAGCAUUAUUCGGCAUUUAA